AUGACAAAUGAUCAAACGUGCAAUGGAUUUAAUGUAUUUUUCCACCAAUAGUUCUUUAAUGCUGGGACAGCUAAUUCAAAAAAGAAUUUAGAGCACACUGAAAAAAUAAUAGAAUAAUGGAAAAAGUUAUCAGACGAAGACAAAAUGGAAUGGUAAUAAAAAGAGGAAGAAUUAAAGAUAUAAGUUAAGAGUAAAAACAAUUAAAAGACAAGUUAAAGCUAAGGGCAACUUGAAAAUCAAAACCGCCAAAAAUCAAAAGCAAAUAACAAAGAUUAAAAUGCUAUUGAAGAUAUAUAGAAUAGCAUUUAAUCAUUGAAAUUUGAAGAUGCUAAACAAAACUAUAUCAAAAGAAUAUCUGAGAAAAAUAGCCAAAAAGAAGUUAAUGAUUCAGAUGGUGAUUAAAAUGUUGAACCUGAAUAAAAACCACAAUAAUAAAAACAAAGUAAAAAAAACACAUAAAGAAAGAAAUAAAUUGAUGAUGACGAUGAUGAUUAUGUUGAAGAAAUAAAAUAAGGAAGAAAAUCAAAUGUUAGAUAAUCAAAACCAAGAUAAAGUAGAUCUAGGUGUAAGUCAGGUUAGAGAUCAGGAUGUGGAAAAAGAAGGAUGUGA